CUACUUCUGCAGAGCGAAGAGAGAUCCCCCCAGAGCUCCAGUUACUGAGGACACAGUACCAUACGUGUUUUCAAAGUUCUGUCUAUCUACUUCUGUCUUUCUGGAUCAUCCACUCUAAGCUUCUCCAACAUGCAGGACCGCCAACACUACUUCAUGAAAGCCUUCACAUGGUUCCUGGUGUUCCUGGUGCUCGGUCCGCAGGCGUCUGCCAGCCCUGUUCCGUCUGUGGAUGUCCCACCCAGCUCUGGUCAUCUCCAGCCUGAAGGUCAGAGGGCACUGAAGCGGAUGGCUCGUAUGACCCCUUUGUGGAGGACCAUGGGUACUAAACCCUACGGGGCGUACUGUCUUAACAACUAUGAGUGCUCCACUGGGAUCUGCAGGGGUGGCCACUGCAUGUUCAGCCAACCCAUCAAGUCCUAGAAGAGAAGAUGGAGGAACGCUCCCAACAUUUUUCCCAAUCUGUUCUCCAUGGACAUACCCUCCCUCUCCUCUACAUAGCCAAACAUGCAGACAUUAUGUGGCUUGACAUCUAUCUAUGCAAAACAACCUCUGUAUUCAUAAUGUAUAGCUGAAGUAUGAGAGGGGUUAACAUAUCUUAAAUGUAGGGUUAAGGUACCUAAAAUAUAUAUAUAUUCCUGAAGAUUUUGCUUAGGCAAAGGGGAUUGCUAUAUUUUACUCUAUCUUUCUGACUUUACCAAAGUAAGCAGAUGACAUGAUGAUAAGGGUAAGAUUUAGCCUAAUAUUACAGGUUAAAGCAGAUGACAUGAUGAUAAGGUUAAGAUUUAGCCUAAUAUUAUAGGUUAAAGCAGAUGACAUGAUGAUAAGGGUAAGAUUUAGCCUAAUAUUACAGGUUAAAGCAGAUGACAUGAUGAUAAGGGUAAGAUUUAGCCUAAUAUUAUAGGUUAAAGCAGAUGACAUGAUGAUAAGGGUAAGAUUUAACCUAAUAUUACAGGUUAAAGCAUCUUUAACAAACCCCUUAUUGAGAUGUUCCUAAGAAUGUAUCGUCCUUUAGGAUUUUCCUUAGGCAAAGGGUUGGGUUACGUUUUUAGGGAAAAUAAUUCUAAAAGGGUUCUUCGGGUGUCUCCGUAGGAGAACCCUUUCUGGUUUCAGGUAGAAAGGGUUCUCCUAUGAGGACAGCCAAAUAACCCUUCUGGGUUCUAGAUAACGCUUUUUUUGUUCUACGAGUGAAGAUGUGAUAUUGAAUGCUAGCUUUUGGACCGUACCAAGGGGAACAGCAUGUACAUGUGACAGACACAUGGAUUUUGAGUUAUAAGGUUUUCAAUAUUCUACUAAUAUUUCAUACAGGGUGCUGGCCAGAGAUAAAACAGUAGCUAGGCGCCUAAACAUAGUCAUUCAAAGUGCUUCACCAGAUGUUAACAGUCAACACACUCACAUUCAAAGUAAUGGUGACUAUAUUCGCUUUGCCAUCGAGGAAUUUAUCCUCCAACUACAUCUGUCGUGCAGUAUCUGUUCCAUCGGAUUAGAUGACGUGGCCUUUAAAAAACAAAUCUGAAUCAGAUACAUUUCAUGGUACAUAUCAUACUUUGAUCAUACUUGAUAGUGACGUGGAGAGAGAUAGGGCAAUGUCAUAACGUCAGACUUUGGAACUUUGUGUUCCGGGUAAAAAAUUAUACAACAAAAAAAAGAGAGAGAAAAAGGGGAAAGGGAGAACAAGAGAGAGAGAGAGAGAGAGAGAGAGAGAGAGAGAGAGAGAGAGAGAGAGACCGUAGUGUCAUUGAACCAGAGGUAGAGGGGGAGAGGAAGAGAUAGAUAGAUAGAUAGAUAGAUAGAGAGUGAGUGAGAGUGAGAACAGACAUGGAGCAAUGGUUAUGUGUAAUGAUUGACCUCACCUUUGACCUCUCGGCCAGAUGUUUUAUGCAUAUAGAGAUGUACUAGAGAGCUCGUCUCCUGUCUUUGCAAUGGCCUUUGGUCCAAGUGCUCUCUAUCCAACUUCAUGUUUAUGCAUGCUCACUUUUUUCUACUUUUAUAUAUAGAAACAUAUUUAAAUCGUUUUCGUAUAUGUAUUUACUUUAUGUAUGUAAUUAAACAAGUAUUUAUAUCGUAGUCAGUAUUUUGUGAGAUUACAACUAGUCUCAAGGUUGGGAAUUAUGUUUAAGCCUGUGGUCUGAUGAACAGCAUCAAAAUGAUAUAUUUUUUAUUAAGAUAUCUUAUUUAUACCAUUCGUUAUCAUUCGUACUCAUUUGAACAAAAUGUCAUUAAAAAUAUCCUAUUCAUUGUAUUAUACUUCCUCAAACUACGUGGUUGCCAUAGAUACCAACGUAUAUCAAUCUCCUCUGGUCACAAAACAAUGUGCAAUACUAAAUAAAGAGUAAAUAAAUUACCCCUGAGGCAGA